AUGGCCCUUCAGCUGCGACGCUGGGGGCUUUCUCCCUUCCCACGCGCCUUCGCACGCGGGUUGAUCACGCCGCUGGGCAUCGUCAUCAUCCGUCUCUCGUUAACACAACAGCAAGCCGAACAGCACCUGGAAGACUCAAAGACGACUCGACUAUCAGGGAUCUGCGGGCCGAUGAUGAACAGGGGCGGGAACAUGGCGUGGCAACCGCCCGGGCAGGCGUCGAAGCCCAUGUGGUGUUACUUCUGGCCUGCGGCCUGUCCGACAUCCAGUACUCAUGGCAAACCAACUCCGACCACCAAGCGGCAGACCUCGCCGAGUCCGGAACGGACGACGAACACGCCCAAGACGACGCCGGCGCCCGCAACCACGCCGCCCGCCGCAACACCACCCGCCACCACGCCGCCGGCUGCGACACAACCCCCCAAGACUUCCCCACAUCCAGCCCCUGCACCCUCUCCCACUCCCUCGCCGACCACACAACCCAAGCCGGCGGGCACCAGCUCCGAAAAGCCCGACGCCCAGUCGACUUCAGUGAACCACGGGCAGUCGGGUGACAGCGGCGCGGGCAAUGCAGGACUCGGCACGAGCCCGACACUGUCUCGGGGCCCCGCAGAAUCCGGAACUGGCGCGCCAUCUGCGUCCGAGCCUACGACGGCAUCGACGGCGCCUACAAUCGGCGGCGUUGGCGGGACAGGCGCCACGAGCGUCGGGUCUGGUGCGUCUGUUGCGCAGAACGGGGGGGCCUCUGGCGGUGGGUUGCCCCCGGGGGCAAUUGCGGGUAUAGUCGUGGGUUUGCUAUUGUUCCUGGCCCUCCUGGGCCUCCUUCUCUACCGGCUCAGGCGGACUGCUGCCGUCCAGCGACUGCUGGGGCCGUUCGGCAGCAAGCUCGGCGGGGGUUCAGGCGCCUUCCAGCGCAUGGAUACGCCAGGCCCUGAUGGGAUGGGAAGCAGUCUGCUGAGUCCUAGUCCCGAAGCAACAGCAGCGAUGGGAGCCGCAGCAGCAGCUGGAGCCGGUGGCGCCGCCGCCGCCGCCGCCGCCACCGCUCGUAAUGGCACCGGCCCGCGGUCACAAACCCCCAUGGCCCAAACAGGCUACUUACAACCACUAGCCAUACCGCCCAACGUGGCCCGGCGCGACAGCAACCGGGUAUCCAUCAUCACGACCGGCUCGGCAGCCAGCAGCGGCGCCUUCACCCCGUCGCCCGUCUCCCCGCUCACGCCGACGAGCAUGCUCUCGCCGGGGGCCGUGCGGACCUCGCGCCCCGUGCAGGAGCCGCCGGACCCGCGGGCCGCCGCCGCCACCGCCGCCUCGGCCACCCACGCGCACGUCAGCGCGGGCAGCAUCAGCAGCAUCAGCACCGGCAGCGCCAUCAGCGCCGCCCUGGCCCCCGGCCAGAUGGCCUGGCCCAUGCCGCCCGCCACGCCGCCCGUCCUCCGCCGCCCGGACGGCUCACAGUCGCAGUACCUCGACUUCGAGCAGUCCGGCCAGACGGUCGUCCGGAUUAACCAGCCCCCGCGCAGCGGCAGGUCGGGCGGAUAUUGA